CUGCAAAUUUAAUGAUUUAUCUUGUUUUUAACGUCUGAGUAAUACUCCAUUUUGUAAAUGAACCAUGUUUUUAAAGUCCAUUCUUUGAAGAACAUCCAGGUUGUUUUCAGCUUAUGGCCAAUAUGAAUAAAUCUGCUAUGAACAUAGUUGAGAAAGUGUCCUUGUGUGUACAGUGGAGCAUCUUUUGGGUAUAUACUCAGGAGUGGUAUAAUUGGAUCUUGAGGAAGAACUAUUCCGGAUUUUCUGAGAAACUAUCAGAUUGAUUUCCAAAGUGGUUGUACAAGUUUGCACUCUCACCAGCAAUGGAGGAGUGUUCCCCUUGUUCCACAUUCUCACCUGCCUGUGCUGUCACUUGUUUUUGAUCUUAGCCAUUCUGACUGGUGUGAGAAAGUAAUCAGAACUGUUUUGAUUUGCAUUUCCUAGAGGAGUAAGGGCGUUGAACAUUUCUCUAAGUGUUUCUCAGCCAUCAGAGAUUCCUGUGCUGAGAAUUCUGUUUAGAUCUGUACCCCAUUUUUAAUUGGGUUAUUUGGCUUGUUGAUGUCUAGUUUCUUGAGUUCUUUAUAUAUUUUUGAUGUCAGCCCUCUAUCACAGGUAGGGUUGGUAAAGAUCUUUUCUCAUUCAGUAGGCUGUCAUUUUGUCCUAUUGACCGUGUCUGUUGCCUUACAGAAGCGUUUCAGUUUUUUAUGAGAUCCUAUUUCUUAAUUGAUGAUCAUUGUGUCUGAGCCUUUGGUGUUCUAUUCAGGAAGUUGUCUUCCGUGCCAAUACAUUUGAGGCUAUUCCUCUUGUUUCCUUCUAGCAAAUUUAGUGUAUCCGGUUUUCUGUUGAGGUGUUUGAUGCACUUGCACUUGAGUUUUGUGUAGUGCGAUGAGCAUAGAUCUAUUUGCACUCUCUCUGCUGACAUCUGGUUAGAGGAGCACCAUUUGUUGAAGAUUCUUUUUUUUCCAUUGUGUCAUUUUGGCUUCUUUGUCAAAACUUCGGUGUCUGCAAGUGUGUGGAUUUACUUUUGGUUCUUUUAUUUGAUUCCAUUGAUCAUCUUGUCUGUGUUUGUGCCAGUGCGCAGGUUUCAUUACUACUGCUCUGUAGUACUGUCUGAGCUCAGGGACACUGUUACCUCCAGAAGUUGUUUUACUGUACAGGAUUGUUUUAGCUACUCUAGGUUUUUUCAUAUGACGUUGAGUAUUGUUCUUUCAAGGUCUGUAAAGAAUUGUGUUGAAAUUUUGAUGGGAAUUUUAUUGAACCUGCAGAUUGCUUUUUGUAGGAUGGCCAUUAAAUUCUUCUUAAAUUUCUUUCUUCGAAGAUUGGAAGUUCUUGUCAUACAGGCCUUCACUUGCUUGGUUAGAGUUAGUUAUAUUAUUUGUGGCUAUUUUUAAGGGUGUUGUUUCCCUAAUUUUUUUCUCAUCUCAUUUGUCAUUUGUAAAUGGGAGGGAUACUGAUUUUUUUGAGUUAGUUUGGUAACCAUCGACUUUGCUGAAGGUGUUUAUUAGCUUUAGGAGUUCUCUGGUAGAAUUUUUGGGGUCACUUAUAUAUACCAACUUAUCAUCUGAGAAUAGCGAUACUUUGACUUCUACAUAUCCUGUAGUUGUCUUAGUUGCUCUGUCUAGAACUUUAAAUACUAUGUUGAACAGAUAGGAAGAAAGUGGACAGCCUUGUCCUGUCCCAGUUAUUGUAGAAUUGCUUUAAGAUACUUUCUGUUUAAUUUGAUGUUGGCUCUUGGCUUCCUGUACAUUGCCUUGGUUGUGUUUGGCUAUGCACCUUGUAUCCCUGAUCUUUCCAAGACUUUUAUCAUGAAGGGGUGUUGGAUUUUGUCGAAGGUUUUUCAGCAUCUAAUGAGAUGAUAAUGUACUUUAACAAAAUUUUCAGUUUGUUUAUAUAGUGGAUUACAUUGAUGGAUUUUGUAUGUUGAACCAAUCUACCUCUUUGGGAUGAAGCCUACUUUAUCAUGGUGGGUAGUGUUUUGCAUGUGUUUUUGAAUUCAGUUUGACUGUAUUUUAUUGAACAUUUUUUGCAUCCAUGUUCAUAAGAGAGAUUGGUCUGAAAUUCACUUUCCCAGUUGAGUCUUUGUGUAGUUUAUGUAUCAGGGUAACUGUGGCCUCAUGAAAUUAACUCUGUCUCUAUUUUAUGGAAUAAUUUGAGGAGUAUUGAUAUUAGUUCUUCUUUGAAGGUCUGGUACAAUUCUGCAUUAAAAUCAUCUGGCUCUUGGAUUUCUUUUGGUUGUGAGACUUUUUUUUUUCUUUUUCCUUUUCCUUUUUUUCAGAGCUGGGGACCGAACCCAGGGCCUUGCACUUCCUAGGCAAGCGCUCUACCACUGAGCUAAAUCCCCAACCCCGGUUGUGAGACUUUUAAUAAGAUUGUUUCCACUUCCUUGGGGGGUGGGUCAUAGGUCUAUUUAGAUUGUUUACCAGACCUCAAUUUAGCUUUGGUAAGUGGUAUCUAUCAAGAAAAUUGUCCAUUUCAUUUAGAUUUUCCAAUUUUAUAGGUUUUUGAAGUAACGAUUCUUGAAUUUCCCCAAUGUCUAUUGUUAUAUUCCCCCUUUUCAUUUCUGAUUUUGUUAAUUUGGAUACUGUCUCUCUGCCUUGUAGUUUGGUGAAGGGUUUGUUUAUCUUGUUGAUUUUCUCAAAGAACUAACUCUUUUUUCAUUGAAUUUUUGAAUUAUUUUGUUUCUAUUUUAUUGAUUUCAGCCCUGAAUUUUAUUAUUUUCUGCUGUCUACUCCUUUUGAGUGUGUUUGUUUCUUUUUGAUCUAGAGCUCUCAGUUGCUCUACGUUGCUAGUAAGAGAUCACAUUAAUUAUUUUUAUGGAGGAACCUAAUGCUCUAAACGUUCUUCUUACCACUGCUUUCAUUGCGUUUGAGUAUGUAGUCCCCUCAUUUUCACUGAAAUCUAGAAAGUCUUUAAUUUCCUUAUUUCUUCCUUCUCAGUGGUCAUUUAGUAGAGAGUUGUUCAGUUUUGAUGAGUUUAUAGACUUUCUGUUGUUGUUCAAGUCCAGCUUCAAUCCAUGGUGAUCUGAUAAGAUACAUGGGGUCAUUUCAACUUUCUUGUAUCUGUUGAUGUAUCUGCUUUGUUUUGUGAUGUGCUGAGAGGUGUAUUCUUUUGUGUUUGGGUGAAAUAUUCUGUGGAUGUUCGUUAGGUCCAUUAUUUCUCUGUUUAGUUUCUGUCCAGAUGGCCUGUACAUUGGUGAGAUUCAGGUUGAAGUCUCCCAUUCUUACUAUGUUGAGUUCAAUUGUGUGAUUUAAGCUUUAGUAAUGCUCCUUUUAUAAAUGCGAAUGCCUUUGUAUUGGGGAAUAGCUAUUCAAAACUAGAUGACAUCUUGGUGGAUUUUUCCUUUGGUGAAUAUGACGUGUCCUUCUUUAUCUCUUUUGAAGUCUACUUUAUUAGAUAUCAGAAUGGCUACUUCAGUUUGCUUCUUGGAUUUAUUUGCUUGGAAAAUCUUUUUACAGACCUUUGCUUUGAGGCAAUGUCUAUCUUUGAUGUUGAGGUAUAUUUCUUUCUUCCUUUUUCUUUUUUUUUUGAGGUAUAUUUCUUAUAUGCAGCAGAAUGAUGGAUCUAAUUUUUUUUUACAUCUAUUCUGCUAGCCUGACUUUUUAUUGGUGGAUUGAGUCCAUUGAUAUUGGAAGAUAUUAAAGACCACUGAUUCUUACUUCCUAUUAUUUUGAUGGUGGUGGUGGUAGUGUGUGUGCCUGUGCGUGUGUGUAUGUCCCUUUUUUUGGUUUUGCUAUGUGAAAUUAUUUAUUUCCUGUGUGUUCUUGGGUGCAGUUAACCUUGCUGGGUUAGACUGUGUUUUUUUUAGUAUCUUCUGUAGGGCUGGAUUUGUGCACAGAUAUUGUUUAAAUUUGGCUUUGUCAUGGAAUAUCUUGUUUUCCCCAUCUGUGAUGAUUAAAAGUUUUGCUGGGUGUAGAAGUCUGUGAGCUGGUCUCUUAGGGUCUGCAAGACAUCUACCCUCUGGCUUUUCAAGUCUAUGUUGAGAAGUUGGGUGUAAUUCUAAUAGGUCUGCCUUUAUAUGCUACUUGGCCUAUUUCCUUUGCCGAUUUUAAUACUCUUUCUUUGUUCUACAUAUUUAGUGUUUUUAUUAUUAUGUGGUGGGAGGAUUUUCUUUUUCAGUCUAAUCUAUUUAGUGUUCUAUAAGCUUCUUGUAAGUUUAUAGACAUAUCUUUCUUUAGGUUAUUGAAAUUUUCUUUUAUUAUUUUGUUGAAAAUAUUUCUGGGCCUUUGAGCUGGGAAUCUUCUAUUCCUAUCCCAAAUUUUCUAGAUGUUUUGUGUCAAAACCUUUUUAGAUUUAAUAUUUUCAUUGACCAAUGUAUUACUUUUUUUCUGUAGUAUCCUCUACUCCUGAGAUUCCAUCUCUUGUAUAUGGUGAUGGUUGUGUCUGUAGUUCCUGUUCUCUUACCUAAAAUUUUCAAUCUCUAGGAUUCACUCAGUUUGUGUUUUAUUUAUUGUUUUUAUUUCCAUUUUCAGGUCUUAAACAAUUUUGUUCAUUUCUUUCACCUAUUUGAUAUUAUUUUCUUAUAUUUCUUUAAGGGUCUUAUUCAUUCCCUCCUUAAAGGCAUCUCUCAUCUUCAUAAGAUUUGAUUUAAUGUCAUUUUCUUGUACUUCAUCUGUGUUUGGAUAUCAAGGGCUUGAUGUGUUCAGAUAGCUGGGUUCUGGUGGUACCCUAUUGCCCAGGCUUUUGUUGAUUGUGUUCUUAUUCUGGCCUUUAGAAAUCUGGUUGCCCCUGAUACCGGCAGGCCUCCAGGAAUGCAGGCAGAGCUGUGGGCCAGAGACUGGAGCACAGGGGAACAGGCACAAUUUACUGCUUUUGCAUGUGCCCCAAGAGGACCUAGCUGACAAGCACUUGAGUUGGGGGUGGUCAUCCAACCUGGCUGUCUCUGAUGUAGACAAGCCGUUUAGAGUAUAGGCAGAGCCAUGGGCUAGAAUAUAGAGCUCAGGAGACAUUGCAUCAAGAAUUCUUAACCACAGACUCAUCUCUCUAGCUCCUUAUUUCUUAUUCUUUCAGAUGAAAGUCAAAGAUGAGAUGAGAGGUGAGAGGGGACGCUCAAAGCCAUGAACACUGGAGGGAGGGUACCCAAGGAUAUAGAAAGACAUGUACUGUUGUAGAGCCAUGACUUUAUUGUGAUUGUACUAAGCCUAGUUUAGAAGCUGGGACUUACUGGAGAAUUCCAGAGUAUUAUUUAGAUUCUGCCAUAAAAAUAUUUAUUGUAGUUUAGCAUUGAAACAACUUGGAGUGUUGACACUUAGAGAAAGAAAGUAUUCCCUUUAGACAUUUUUUUCUAAGUUAUAAUUCUUAAGUGGGGGAAAUGUACUCUACAAAACACUUUGGAAUUUUACAAUGCUUGUUAAUUCGCCGUAGUGUACUCAGUUCACAGUGGCAGUUCUGAUGGAAAUGAGACUGUGGGUAUUUCUAUUAAUGGUCAUUACACUGAAUAUUAGUCUCCUCAGAAUUAUUAAAAACCUUUGGUUGCUUUUCAAGUUUUCCCUGCAUCCACCUUUUUGGCAAGGGAUUAACAACACUCCACAAGGCACUGCUUUAUAGAAACAACUUGAGGUUUUACAAAAUGGCCCUUUUUGCCUUAUCUAACGUGUUUACAUAAGAGUUCUUCAGAACCAGGUCAAGUUAUACUGUGGGAUAGGAAGAAAAUAUGUUUCCCCUAAAUAGCCAGAAUUUAAUGAAGGUUUUAGAACUCUGCUGAUUUUAGAAUCCAGUUAUCAGAGGAGUUAGAAAUGCUAACUACCUGACUUGGUCAUACACAUUAUAUAUGGGUACCAAACUUACACCCCAAACCUCAUUCACCAGCACAACUGAAGUAGCAGCAAAAAAGAUUCACUUAUCAUAGUUACAUAAUAGGUGGUUACUAUCAUUUUUCUCCCAAAGCUAGAGUACUUUAAAUAAAAGUGACAUUUUCUUUUUUUUAGCUCAAAAAAGUCAGGAAAGGAAUUGAGUGCUACCUGAUAUCUUCUGAUAUCAGGCAUCUUUUCCCUUAUUAUUUGUAUAUUAUAUUUUAUUUAUGAUAAUGAUAAUUCAAUGGAUUAAAAUCCUAUUUAGAUACAGUUUAGGUAGUCCAUUAUCAUGGCGGGAAGCAUGGCAGAAUGCAGGCAGACAUGGUGCUGGAAAAGGAGCUGAGAGCUCUACAUCUGGAUCAGCAGGCAGCUGGAAGAGAAUGUGAAGCACUGGGCCCAGCUUGAGCUUCUGAAACCUCAAAGCCUCCCCUCCCUCUGCCCGGAGACACAUUCCCUUCUCUUAAACCCACUCCAACAAGGUCACAUGACUUAAUCCUUUCAGAUAACACCACUCUCUGCGAGCCUGUGAGGGCCUUUUUCAUUCUGACUACUUCAGCAACAAUUCAGUCAUUUGCAAAGAAUCUUUUCCUUCUGUGUCAUAUUUAAAGGUAAUUUAAUUAGGAUUUGACCAAUGCAGUUGAUCCCAUUUGGAUGCCUACUGUUUGUCCAUUCCUAUUUUCUUAAAUCACGGAGAGUAGCAAAGCUGAUUGUAGCUUAGGAAUUCACUCGGCAUAAGCCGUGGAUAUAUUGGAAUUUUUGUUUUUCAGAAAAGUGUAUAGAGAACAUAAGUUUAACCUACACCAGCAGAGGUAGUAAUCACAGAAGCAUGCAUGCACACAUGCACCUAUGUACGCACACACAUGCACUCUCUCAUACUUUUAUGCAACGGUCACCCAACAAAUGGGCGAAUAUUCAUGGGAUAUACUUUAUGAUGUUCUAAGCAUUGGAGACAGGACAGUGAACACGACAGGCAGUGCCCCCGUUUUCUGGGAAACUUAUAUAUCCUAUACCAGCAGAAAAGAUUAGGUGAAACAGAUAUGUCGUGCCAAGAAAUGGCAAAGACUUCAGAUAAAUAAUUGUCCAAGUAUGGUGAGUGGUUCCUUCAGGGAGGUCCAUUCUCCUGUGAUCCUGAGGGUGCUCCGAGACGCUGUCUACGAGGAGCUGACAUUUGGGCAGCACUAGGGGAACAAGGAGGAGACAGCUACAUGUAGAGCUGGGAAGGACCCCACGUGUGGUAGCCCUCUGGAAGGCGUGGACUGCCGUGGUGCACUAUGGGAAUGGCCUAGAAUGCAGGCCUGUAGGCUUGGUGGCAGAGGGUCUCCCUGUCAGGUCAGGGGCAGAUGGCGGUAAGGUGUUUACAGAUGUUUUUUUCCCAACAAUCUGCUUCAUAAUAUCACUGACUACUGUAACCCACGUAUGUUCACACUGCAUUUUGAUGUCGCGUGUUCUCCACUCUUCAAUAGAAACGAGAUGGCUGUGGUAACUGCUGCUUCUUCGUGCACUGUAAUUAUAUUGUCACAGAGACAGAAUAUUUCUGCAGCUUCUUUUUUUCCUGAAUUGACUUUUUUAUUUAAAAAUUAUUUUUUUUACAAAUCAUUUUCUGAUACAUGAAAAAAAAUUCAUAGAUUUCAUAAAAGGAAAAAGUGACAAGCUUGUUACAUGGUGAUAAAUUUAAAAAAUGUUCUUAAGUUUUUUUUUUUAUAGUUGUCCUACCUUUUAAUAUUUUUUUUUCUAGAGAGGAGCACAAUACCCAAAGCAUUUAAAUUCACUGCACUAAUUACAGUUUAAUCCACCCCUUGAAAAUGAAGUCUAAAGGCACAGAGGCCACGUUUUAAGGCAAAAAUGAGUCAACAAAGGUAAAUUAUGUAAUUAUAUCAAGAAACAGGAUAAAAAAGUAGGAAGACAUUGAAAAUUUUCGAGAAUAUUAUGUAUUACACCUUCUUGCUUUAAAUUUACACAGUCCAAAAUACACAUGGAAGAUAACUUUAUGUUUAUUUGAUUCCUAUGAGUAUGUGUGUAUAUAUGUAUGUGAAAUGUGCAUGUUUAUCAAGUAAGGUAUUGUCACAUUAGGCAAGAUAUCUGCAUGCUAGAGUAAACCUAUCUUAUUCUAAAUUGUUUUCCAUGUUUGUGUGGAAAUAGUGUAGCGUUUGGUUAUUCAGAGCAGAAGUCAGCCUCGUCGGCUCACUAGUUAACAAAACACUUUCAGACAUGUCGUCCCGAACACCGAGUCUUGAGGACUCACGGCCCAGGUCUGGUGGGCUGCCUUUUCAGCACAUUCUUCUCCUCAUUGCCUACCUAUCUCUAAUUCUGACAGAUCUGAAACAUGGCCGCCUUUAGAAGCCUCACUGUUCGGAUGUCUCUCGAUAUCAGAAGGAGCUUGUCACGUAGUUCUAGUUGGAUGAUCUGAAAGCCCAGUCUCACUUCUUUGUUUUAUGGUCCCACGCAGCUUCUGCUCUGUCUCGUCUCCUUUCUCCCUCUUAUCUGAAGCUGGGCUUGGAUGUAGAGUUGCAAGAUCACCCAGAAAGGCUAAGACACCCACAAUCAUGGAAUUGUGGCAUGGAUCCUUCAACUACCAAAGCAAGUCCAAUAACUUCUUACUAUUCGCUUGUUUUUUCUUUUUUCUUUUUGGACAAGUUUUUAAUGUAGUUCACGCUGACCUUUGACUUGCUUUCUAACCAAAGAUGAUUUUGAGCUUCUGGUCUUCCUGCCUCCACCUCCCUGGUGCUUAGGGUACAGGCACACAUCACUGCCUACUUUGUGAGCUGCAGAGGAUGAGAAGCAACCCAAGAUUUGGGCCUGCUAGGCAAGCAUUCUACAACUGAGCUGCAUCCCCAGCCUCUCUGGGACUUUUUGUAUGCAAAUAGAUAAUCCUUCCCUUUGCUUGUUUGCAUAUGUUUAUUCUUUACUGCUCUGAUAAAACACCAGGACCCAAGAAGUUUAUCAAAGAAAGGGUUUAAUUGGGCUGAAGGUUUCAGAGGGUUAAAAUGGGUGAUGGUGGAGUGAAGGAGUGGUGACUGGAACAGCUGAGAGCUCACACCUCAAAUUGCAAGAAAGGGAAGAGAGAGCACACUGGAGGUGGUGUGGUGGUGAAGAGGCUUUUUAGGACCUCCAGGCCACUCCAGACUCACAUCCUUCAAAAAGGCCACACCCCCUAAUGCUUCCCAAGGGUCCUAUUAACUCAGGACCAGGUAGCUGUUCUCAUUCAAACCACCACACCACGAAAGCUAUUCAGAAUGUAUAAUUUGUAUUUUACCUUAGAAUUUCAGUGAUUUGAUACAUAGUCAUACAGUACAUAGGUGACAAUAUUUGGCACCUAAUAAACCAUUGGAUUCUGUAUUUUGAACUAAUUUUUACUAUGUCAUAUUAUUCAUAUCAUGUAGUUGGCUUAGCAUCCUGUUUAUAUAUUUCUUUUUGUUCUUAGAGAGAUUCUGUCUAAAUUGAUUGAAAUAUUUUUUUCAGAGCAUUGGCCAAGAUUCCUUAUCUAUUGAUUUUUCCCACAACACUUGAAAUAAUACUGAAACAUCAGUGCGCCAGACACAGGACAGGGUCAGCAGACGGCUCCUGUUUUGUUGAAGAUUCAUCUUGCUUCGGACAGUAACUCUUUGGCAGAAGCAACCUUCUGCCGUCAAGCUCCGGAUUUCUAUUUUCGACUGUAAAAAUUAGAAGUUGUAGUCAUUAAUUUUAACAAGUUAUUGAGUUUAUUUUGGACACUAACUCUUUUGCAGAGAAGGAACCUAACUGCCUUCAAACUCCAGAUUUCUAUUUUCGACUGUAAAAAUCAGAAGUUGUACUCAUUAAUUUUAACAAGUUAUUGAGUUUACCUUACAUCGAUAGUGGAGCCAGGUGAUGGUGCGAGAAUGAUUAGCAGACAUGGGAGAGCCUGGCAGUGUAUGCUGUUCUCUCUGUUGUCAUGUUGGACAUCAACAUGUCACAACACUUUGACUUUUUCUUUCUUCUUUUUUUUUUUUUUUUGCCCUAUAGCAAGGGUUCAACACAUUUUUGGAGAUUUAUCAAAAUUAAAACACGAAUAUUUCUGGGGAACUGGCUCUAUUGUUAUAAUAUAAUUUGAUACUUCAAUGGCUUUUAAAUAUAUGUCUGUAGAACCACAAUUAUGCUGGUGAUUUGGGUAGCAGCAAUUACCCAGGCGAGCAGCUGCAGCUGUGUACAGCUAGGCUGAAGUCACUCACUGCCCCUUCCUGAGCCCUGUGCUUCCCUUCUGUCAGAGAGCCAUCCCGAGUUUCAGGAUAAAAUAACCCAGAUCUUUAAACAGGUGAUGCAUUAACAUGUAGGGAGGACAUUAUCAGAAUGUUCUUAUAUAUCUUCAGACCCAUGAUUUUGGGUUCUGAUUUUCCAAGUUUGGGAUUCCCCCCUUUUUUGUUGUCAUAGACUAUCAUCCAUAAAUACAUAAACCUCUCCAGAUGACGGAAUGAUUCAGCAAGUUGGUGGUAUUAUUCGGGCCAAGAGUGAAUCCUUGAGUUUGGAGAGUGUUAGGGUGUUUGUCCCUCUCUUUCUUCCCACUUCUUUAUCUUGGGUGUGUGAGGAGUGUGUGUGUGUGUGUGUGUGUGUGUGUGUGUGUGAGAGAGAGAGAGAGAGAGAGUGUAUAUGUGUGUGUGUGUGAGAGAGAGUGUAUAUGUGUGUGUGUGUGGGAGAGAGUGUAUGUGUGUGUGUGUGUGAGUGUAUGUGAGAGUGUGUGUGAGAGUGUGUAUGUAUGUGUGUGGGAGUGUAUGUGAGAGUGUGUGAGAGUGUGUAUGUGUGUGUGUGGGAGUGUAUGUAAGAGUGUGUGAAGGGUUGGGGAUUUAGCUCAGUGGUAGAGCGCUUGCCUAGCAAGCGCAAGGCCCUGGGUUCGGUCUCCAGCUCUGAAAAAAAGAAAAGAAAAAAAAAAGAGUGUGUGAGAGUGUGUAUGUGUGUGUUACUGUUUAGCCACUCUAUCUAUGUAGAGCUGAGGCUAGUUCACAUUCCUUCCAUUUUUAUUUUUACUGCAUUGUUCACUAUGUACACAAAAUAGUAACUGAGACCAUGAACGGAAUUAAACAUACUCUGUAGUGCUUGUGGCAGGAAGAACAUUCUAGAUACCAUUCUCUCUCUCCUGUUGUUGACUGCCGUGUAAGGAUGCUUGCACACUUUCCAAAGCAGCGCUGUUCUGCUGUGUGUUUUAUGGAUAGACUUUCCAUUCCAAUGGGAGGCACUAAGUCAGAAAUGUCUGCUUUAUUGAAAAUGGUUUGCACUACACACUUACAUUGUGUUUCCUAUUCCUCCCUAGAACCAUAAACAUCUAAAGGCUAACAUUAUUUUGUUUCAAUAGUUCAGUGGGAAACUAUAUCUGAUAAGUAAAUGAAACAUAACUGAAGAAUUUAUUCUCUGAGUCCUGUUAGUAUUCUAACCUCAUAAACACACUUCUCUAAAUAACAUAGUCUAUUCUAAUAUAUGGUAUAGACAUCCUCAUGGUAGAAAGAGGGUACAGAUAUAGAGAUUUUUAUUGUACAUAACAUACACAAAUCUAAAGCAGAAAGAAAUGAACCUACUAACACUUCUGGUUAGAAAAAUUACAGUUGAAAUCAGAAUGAGCCAACCGAAAGAUUUUAUGGCUACAUAAUUGUUAUUAAAUUAGCAAUGAUGUCUAACAAUAAAGUAUUGAGUCUUUUGUCUGUAGUGCUAAAUAACUUUAUAAACAGGCCACACGCAUUGUCAUUCUGAGCAUUAGUCUGCCCUUACAGAAGACUUGCUUUUCUGUAGCAACACCUUUCGGACUUCUUUGCAAGCAAAAAGUCUAAGAACACCAUUUCCUUCUCUGGAGAACAACUUUUAUCUAUGCUGUAAAUGGCAAGGAACUAGUGAGAGAAAUACACCAGGGCACGAUAGUCAGCCAUUGCAGGGGAGUCUCAGCGACUCUGUGCUCUGUACCAAGGGAAGAGGCCAAGCCAGCAAGAUGGCUGCUGUCUUACGGUUUCUAUUGCCGUGAAGAGACACCAUGACCUUGGCAAUUCUUAUGAAGGAAAAUAUUUAAUUGGGGCUGGCUUACAGUUUAGAGGUUUAGUCCGUUAUCACCGUGGCGGGAAGCAUGGCAGCAUCCAGGCAGACAGAUGUGGCACUGGAGAGGUAGCUGUGAGUUCUGCAUCUGGAUCAGCAGACAGCAGAAAGAGAUCGUGAGUCAGCCUCUAGGCCUGGCUUGAGUUUUUGAGAUCUCAAAGCCCACCCACAGUGACACACUAUAGGUGUCCAACAAGGCCACACCUACUCAGAAAAGGCCACACCUCCUAAUAGUACCCCUCCCCAUGAGCCUGUGGCGGCCAUUUUCUUCCAGGUUACCACAGGUGCUGACUGGCUUCUUGGACCAACCUUCCAUUUUGGCUUGUUCUGGCUCCUUUAAGAGAUGAGAUGAAUACCUUGCUGCCCAAAUAAACAAGUCUUCAAAGGACCUUGGAAACCUUUCUAGCUCCAGCCAACAGAUUGGGGUCAUAUCAUCUGAAGCUACAAAUUAGAAAGUCCUAACUAAUCCUUCUGUCGGAAUUUGAUCAUGGUGGCGAUGGGAAGUCACGUCCGUGACUGCUAACAUGCUGUCUGUGUUGGUUACGUCUGUUGGGACCAUCUUUCGUUUGUUCAUUUGUUUUUCUGAAACAUGAAGUCCUUUAAUGAGUGGGAGUGCCUCAGGAUGGGUCUACCAUUAAUAAGCAUACAACAGGGGAUGGAGCAUUUAGGGAGGUGUUACAUCCUUCUGGUUUGCUUCAGUUUUUCUACUUUGAGACCAGUGUGUGUGUGGUUGUAGCUAUUUACCAUUUUUGAGUUAAUCUCAUUCUGUCCGAGUGAGAAGGCGCAGAAGGCUAAGAGAGAAUGAUUUACUACCUUCUGGGGAUCUACCUUCUGGGGAAAUUUAAGUCUAUACCUUCUAUUUCUACAAUACGUUCAUUUAUUAAAUUACAAUCAACCAUUUGCGUGCAGAAAAAUCAUGAGAAUAGAACAAAAAGACAAGUGCCCUUUGACCAAGAUCUCUUAGAGGGAAAGUGUCAUGUUUAAAUAAUCUUUAUGCUUCUAGCACUUUUCACCAUGCUUAGCACUUAAAGACUCAAUUAAUGUUGGCAGAAUUAAAGGAAACAAGGGCGAUAAUUGGGUCAGAAAACACAGCAUCUGAAUAUAGAUCUUCCCUCCCGACUGAACACCCAGUGUAACUCUUGGUUUGCCAGAGGCUCAAAGCAAACCUAGGGAAUUACGUGUUUCAUAGUAUCUUAAAAAUAAUGAAGUCAAAGACUUUUCUGUCCCCUGGCUGUGAGGAGAGGUCUUUACAUGGAUCUUAACGUAAAGAAUAUCAACCAUCUAGUCAAUAGCAGUUUCAGAGGCGAGAGAAACAUCCGCCAUACUGAAAUUGCUCACACCGACUUCCUGAUAAAGGCCAGGGUGUAGUCGUCCAUCACAUUUCUUUGGAAGCGCGUUUGUGGUCCAGUGAGAGUUCAGGGAAGUUUCUCAGCAGAGCUGACCGUUAGAGGCAGUUACAGUGACGCUGCUUCCAUGUCGGCAGGGUGACUAGUGUCAUUUGCUGAUAAUAUUUUCUAAGCAAGUACAGCUGCCUUACCCUUAUUCUUAUUUGACAAGGCAAAAGGACAUAGCGACAGUUCAAGGAAGUUCACAGAGACAUUUGUACGUGUGUUUGUGUGCAUGCGUGCAUGCGUGUGCAUGUGUGUAUGUGACAAACUUUAAUCAUGCACAAUCUUAGGUGAAAACCUAAUGUAUAAAGGGGACAGAGUGAGACUGAUCUUGACGGACCGUGAAUAAAAGACGGAGAAGCAGCAGAGAGACAGUGACUUCUGGUUUCCAACCAAUACCGAGGCCUUCAGGAUUCCUGAGAAUGCCCUGGCACGCAGUUCAAAAAUCUGUUUCUAAAGUCUUUAGUGUUGCCUAGCUCUUGCCUUUGACCGUUUAAUGGACGUGUGUUUUAACUGAAAAGCCAAGUCCUAUCUGUGAUAAUUAUUUUUUUAAAUUUUUAUUUGGUGUAUAUUUCCCAUAUAAACUAGAAAUUAUUGAGAAAAGACAGUGAAGAGUCUGAGGAAACAUGACUGGGAUCCAUAGAAGGAAGGCACGGGAUGGAUGGAUAAAUCUUUCUGCCCGACAACAGAAAGCAAACUAGGCAUAAACAGUGCUACCAGUGUGCUCACCUGGCAUGUAGCUCAGGCUAGAUCUUUUUCAGAUCUGUACUGAGAUUCUGGCUGUUCUGAUUCGGUCUUCACCCAGCUCUCCUCAGGGUCAGGCUAAGAGUGUGAACCCCUCCAGCUGAGGUGUACUGGUUACACGAGGCCUGGGGCUGAAUCUCAAGGAAACCUAUGUGUUCAGUGGGCUCAUGGAAAGAAUAAAGAGGGAAAGGUUUUAGGCUGCGAUGUCUGAAAACAUCAAUGAAUCCCUGACAAGGGGGAACCAGAACUAUAUUAGGAGAUACCUGAUUUUUUCUUCUACUGAGAAGGACAUAUUAAUUAGCAUUUGUACUGUUGAGUUCUAAUUGAGUAUAUCAGGUAAAUCAGUAUAAGAUUAGUCAGGAUGAGGGAGACAAGAUCCUCUUAUCUGUGCAGUUCUUAUUGGUUCUGUAAAGAGCUCACACUUUACCGAGAGGCAGCUUCUCUCGAGGACCUCAGGCUCUGUCUAAACAGAGUUCCCAAGGGAGGAUUAUCAAACUAGAGUCUGGAAUCUGAUUGUUUUAUCUUAAAGAUAGUCCUUAUCAGAGGUAUUACUGAGACCACUCAGGGCAUAGGGUAGCAGUCUCUGUGCCUCUGGGAGCCUUAGAUCAUGUUUCCAGGUAUAACAGAAUAUUGAGCCGCACUGUUUGCGAUGUGUCUUAGCUUUAGGGACAGGAUUUCAAAGCUAGGCUCAGGGAGAUUAGGCAUCUCUCAUUCUUAGGAGAGUCACCAGGAUGAGGAAAUGCAUCCUUCAUACAGGGCGGAGAGGCCUGAACCUUGCUACAGUCAGGUCUUUAAACAAACGUCCUUUGCAGAGGAACAGAUGGAGUUUGAUAUCAUCAUGCUGAGUGAAACCGGGCAGACUCAGACAAGUGUCACACGUUUUUAUUAAGUGAUAAAUCCAGGUUUAAAUUAUGUGCAUCUAUCUGUCUAUACAUAUGAUGCAGAACUAGAAAGGGGACCUUUGCAUGGAGUGGGGUGGGGGUAGUGACUAGAAAGAGGAAGGAAUAAAAGGAGGGCAAAUAUGAGCAGAGUACAUGUGUAUCUAUGAAGGUGUCAUAACAAAGCCCUACUUUGUCACCAAUUAAAAGAGUAAAGAAAAAAAUAGCCUGCUAGCCCAGAGCAUCCUAGCACGCGGUGACGUGGAGUAUAGAUGACAUUCUGCCACCAGAUAACAGGAAGGGCUGCUUUUGCCUAAUCUUAAUGUUGUCUCGUUUUAAAGGUUAGAAUCUCCUCUCUCAUUAAUCCAGAACGUGCAGAGAUAUAGGUGAAGCUAUUCAUUGUUGCUUUGUCCUGCAUCCCAAAGAGUGUCUUGUAGUAUCACGAGAAUACUGGCUCGUGGCGUGAGCUCUCAGCGAAGGUUUUAGCCUCUCUUUAAUUUUCCAGCAUUUCAUUUUCACUUCACUCUUAAAUUUUCCAGCAUUUCAUUUUCACUUUAAUAUUUUAAUUUCAAGCUAUUGUUACAAACCUCUAGCUUAUUUUAACCUUUCCUGUUCUGUGGUAGAAGGACAGAGUCAUCCUUUUCCAGAGCUAAGGUGAUCUUACUUUGCUAUGCUCCCCUGAGGCAGAAGUGAUAGGCAGAGACGACAUUCAGACAUAAUUGCAUGUCUCUGUAGAGGAAAUUCUAGAAGAAGUUCCUCUUUUGAUAUUUGGUCGAAGUGUUAGAUGCCAGGCUGACACAAUACGGGACAAAGGUUUCUUGUAGAAGCUUGGUGACAUUCACCCUCUCCAUGAAAUGCAGCUUCUGGAGAAGAACAUAUAUAUCUCGCUGACAAAAACACGUGGCAUUUAUAAUUUGCCUGUUCUUUUCCAAACCUCUACCUUACUUGGCUCGAAAAAUCUAUUAAAUCUAUUAAUUUAUUAAUAAGAUGAUUUAUCAACAUAAGGAAGCACUGGAAUUUUAAGGGAUACCCUGUCCAAAGACACAGACAACAAAUCAAGAGGAGACGUUGAAUAGGGUUUCAGGAGGAAUAUGACUGAGGAAAAUAAUCAGAUUUCUGCUACUUCUGCCGGGGUUGCCGUUUCUAACUGCUACAUAUAACACAUGAAUGACCUGUAAUGGGAAUAUGCUGGCAUGUGGCUCCAGGUAUGUUACCUUGGACAUGUUUAAUAGAGACCGUAUUAGUAUUUUAUAAAGGAAUAGAACUGUUAGUAUGAUAUAUGUAAUAUAUAAUGAAUAUAUCUAAAAAGAAUAUAUAUUAUACAUAGGUAUGUGUACACACAUACAUAUAUAUACAUAUAGACACAAGAAUACAUGUAGAUACAUAUAUGAAAAGAUUUUUUUUUAUAUCGGCUUACAGGAUACCAUUCAGAUAGUCUAAAAAUGUCAGUUUCAUUCUGGGGAGGCCAAGAGUCUGAUCGUUCAGUCUAUGAAAUUGGAUGUUUCAGUAAUCCAAGCCUGUCACUGUAGAUCUAAAAGAUUCCUGGAGAUCAACUGGUCUUUAAUCCACUUUGGAAGCCUGAGGACAUUGCUUCCAACAUGCAUGAAGGGAUGCUGCAGCUGCAGGUAGAUGAACUUGUCAGGGCAAGGAGGUGAAAGGUUAACAUUGUCUUCUAUGUUCUUUUAUCUGGGCUUUCACGGAAAGUGCCACUGAGAUUUUGGAUAGUCCCUCUGCUUCAAGUGAUGGGAUCAAUAAAACCCCUCAUCGGAAUGCUCAGCAACCUGGGUUUUAGUUGAUUCCAGGUACAGUCAGUCUCUUGACAACCACGAUCAGCCACCACAGAGCCCCUCAGAAAACUAGUCAUGCGUGUAGAUUAUUUCAAUAAUGGACAAUCUAAGCAUUUUCAGAGGGAUGAAUAAGAGUUAUAAAAGACAGGGUUGGGGAUUUAGCUCAGUGGUAGAGCGCUUGCCUAGCAAGCGCAAGGCCCUGGGUUCGGUCCCCAGCUCUGAAAAAAAGAAAAAAAAAGACUAUGGACUUCUCACUCUUGGUGCCCAUCAAGAGAUGAACGAAGUGUAGUAUAGCUACACAAGGGACAGACAUUUUUUAAAUAAUCAUUUUAUCUGUUUACAUUUCAAAUGAUAUCCCCCUUCCUGGUUUCCCCUCUGUAAUUCCCCAUCCUAUCCUCCCUCUCCCCCUCCCCUCUUCUCUCUAUGAGGGUGCUUCUCCACCUAUCCACUCAUGCCUCACUGCUCUAGCAUCCCCCUAUGCUGGGGCAUCAAGCCUCCAUAGAACUAAGGGCCUCCCCUCCCAUUGAUGCCAGAUAAAGUCAUCCUUUGUUACAUAUGUAGCUGGAGUCAUGGGUCCCUCCAUGGAUACUUUUUGGUUGGUGGUUUAGUCCUGGAAACUCUGGGUGGUCUGGUUAGUUGCUACUGUUCUUCCUACAUGUGGAGUUUAGAUUUCAAUAAGAGAUGUGAAUGUAUGAAGACUGUGUAUUAAUUGGCAGAAGGGAGGAGGUUAAGACAAGCAAGGGAUGAGCUGGAUGUUACCAUAGCAUCCAGGAUCACAUAUGCAAAUACCACCAUGAAACCCAUUAUGCUAUAGAAUUAGUUUUGGAAGAUUGGUUGGGUAUAUUACAUAGAUCUCUUGCCAGAAUGCUUGCCUAGCAUACAUGAAGUUCUUGGUUUGAGCCCCAGCAUGGCUCAAAAUAAGUAUGGUGACACAUGCCUGUGUUCCCACUAAUUGGGAGGUAGAGGCCAGAAAAGUAGCAGCUCAAGGAUGCCUUUGGUGGCAUAGAGAGUUUGAGGCAAACCUGAGCUACAUCAGAGACUGUCUCAACAACAAGGUCAUCUGAUUCUUCGCAGGCUAAAUGUGAUAUAAGUAAUGGAGUAUGUUGGCCUUGGCACUGAGAGAGCUCUUUGUGUUUCUGAGCUUAAAGAGUUAUGGGGCUGGGGAUUUAGCUCAGUGGUAGAGCGCUUACCAAGGAAGCGCAAGGCCCUGGGUUCGGUCCCCAGCCCUGAAAAAAAGAACCAAAAAAAAAGAGUUCUGAGAUUUUUCUUUUUAAAGUGAACAUGUGAUGAGAGCAUCACAUCCUGAAGCAAACAACGAGGCCAGAAAAGUAAAGAGGAACAGUUGCCAGAGCAGGGGGCUCGAGGAAUCACAGAGAAGGGAAUAGCUGGGUACAUGCGAUCCAGUCAGAGAAAAGGGAAUAGGCAUAGUCUUUAGGGAAGGAGAGGGAGGUAAAUAUGGAGGGAGGAGGAAGAAUAACAGUAGGAAUGAAUGCCUGAGAGUGGCAUGAGGAUCCAAGUAUUAACUAUCUAAAAACUCCCACGAUAUGUGUAAUUCUGUGUAUAAACACACACAUGAAGUUUAAAUAAAACUUUAUCAUCCGGACUGACAAUGUUCCCAAGAGUCAAAGACAACCUAGCAGAAAUCCUAGUGCCAGGCAUGAGAUGUCUUCUUUUGAAUUAUUGGUCAGGGUUGUCCAAGCAGCACAAUGCACAUCAGAGACAGGGUCUAGAGGCCCCUGGUCUGGAACUGACUUGAAAGACUUCUCCCUGGAGAUAGAAGUCACCACGAAAGCUUCCAAAGGAGGAAAGCAGCUAAAAUUUUAUCCACUCAUGAUGUCAACGAACCCCAAUAAUGACUAGCAUGGCAUGGUAACCCCAUGGAUGCAGUAGUGGCAUGCAUACCUUGGCGAUAACCCACUGCUGUCUAAUUGGACUUCAGAUCCAUUCAACAGAAGGAAAUCUUACCUGGUCCUGGAAACCUGGCCAACUACUCAAGGCUGUGAAGUUGUGAAUCUUGGAGAAGAACCUAAAACCACCACUCCAUGGAGCCUUCAUAAUCCCUAAUUACAUGAUAAUUAUUUGUCCUUAUACAUAAUCCCUAAUUACAUGAUAAUUAUUUGUCCUUAUACUCACAGGUAUGUGUAGUCCUCAUCCAUCAUCAAAGAAACUUCUCUUUGCCAUAGAUGGAGACCAUCGCAGAAAACCACAACCAAUUGAAAGGCAGAGCAGUGGAGUCCAGUCCCAGUGGAUACAUCUACAAUACUGCCCCCACUGCUAAGGCUCAGGAAGCAUUGCAGAAGAGGGAGCACAAAGAUUGCAAGGGCCAGAGGUUCAGAGAGUUUGCCAAGUGGUGGCGUCUCUUAGGAAUGUUAGAAGCUGCACUCAUAAAGACUUACCAACAUGCCCCCCUGACCAUGCGCUGAACAAGGGCAGCAGCAAUAGACAUGCAAAGUAGAUGGAGGAGUCCAGUGAGGCUGCAGGUAGCUAAGGAAUGCUGAGAGUGGGAGGAGUGGUCUUCAACGGGGAAGAGCAUGUUAACUGGUUAUCCAAUAUCAGUUAGCCUUGAAAACAUACAUACUACAUUAUGAAAAUGGAUAGAUAUAUAUUAUAUGUUAUGUAUAUAAUAUGUUAUAUAUUAUAUAACAAUGGAAAAAGAGGACAUGAACAUGAAUUUGAAAGAGAGCAAGGGAGUAUAUAUGGGGGGAUUUGGAGGGAAGAAAGAAAUGAUGUCAUCCUUUUUUAUUGGAUAUUUUCUUUAUUUACAUUUCAAUUGUUAUCCCCUUCCCCAGUUUUGUCUCCAGAAAUCCCCUAUCCCAUCUCCCCUCCCCUGUUCUAUGAGGGUGCUCCCCUUCCCACUCACCCACUCCCUCCUCCCUCCCCACCAUGGCAUUCCCCUAUACUAGGUCAUCAAGCUUUCACAGGACCAAGGGUUUCUCCUUCCAUUGAUACCCAACAAGGCCACCUUCUGUUAUAUAAUCUUAAAAACAAAAGAAAAAAAUCUAACAAAACGAUAAUAUAUACAAAAAAUUUAAAGAAAAAAAGCACCUGAAAAUGCAGGUUGGAGGGAUCAUGUUCCAUGGCUCUCCCCAGUGGGGGAAUGCCGGGAUUUGAAUCCCAGCUAUAUAUUUGCUUAUUUAUAUCUUUAAUGUGGUUAUUGACUUCUGGAUGCACCAUUGUGUUAUGAAUAAUUAAAUUAAUCUUAAACAGUUUCACUAUCUCUGGUACUCCCUUUUGAUUAAGGAUAGAUCUGUUUAUAUUGCUAAGAAGUCACUUAGAUGUAAGGGGAUUCUGGUAACUUAAAGUUAUCUUUCUUCUAGAAAUGCCACAGGAACCUUAUCUUGAGAGAGCAGUGAGAAACUUCCCUGGGAUACCUCUCCUCCUUAGAACCAUGCUCUGCUCUCUUCUUUUGCAAUUUUGGUAUAGCUGCCCUGCAGGAUUCCUCAGUAUUGGUUGUCUGUCCAGUGGAGUGAAAAGGGUAGUGGUAUUUGGAAUUCCCGGCUGUCUACCAAUCUUCAAUUCUGAGUGAUAAGAGGUAGCUGACCAGGCCCUGCCUCUCCUACUCAGUUUUGUGCAGUUUCUCCUUCGUUCUGCUCUGGAGAAUUUCAUCUGCUCCACAAGUGUUAGCUGAGGGAUUGGUGUAGGUCAUGUUGGGCAUCGGGGAUGGGAACAUUGACUGGGUGCUUAUAGUUGCUAUUUUUUUUUCCAUUUUAUAUAUAGUAGAACUUAGCUUUCUUCAGACAUAAGUUCAUAAAGAUAGUAAGUUAUUUAAUCUCCAUAUCUGCCAUUUCUUUAUUCAUAAUAGAUGAGACUGAUAACACUACUACCACAGAUGGAAAUAAAGUGCCUUCAUAUUGGAUGUCCAGGAUAGCAUGAAAAACUGCACUAGUGGACACCUGCAACCACCACAGCAUCGAUGACAGAGUGACAAAGAGAGUGUCGUAUAUUUAAUUAGGAAGAUGUAUAGCUGCCAGAAGCAUCAGAAUUGAGAGUGAACACGGCCCUCCCAGUCUCAGCUAAGUAGGUUAACUGGGACAAGCAUCAGUCAUACCUAAAGGUAAAGGGGGGUCCUGCAAGACUAGCAUUCAGCUUCCUGUGUUGGAGAUGGAUGGAUCUCUUCAAAUUCCUCUCUCUCUCUCUCUCUCUCUCUCUCUCCCUCCCUCCCUCCCUCCCUCCCUCCCUCCCUCCCUCCCUCCUCCCCUUCUCACCCUUCCCUCCCUUCUUCCCUCCCACAUUUUUCCCAGACAGGGUUUCUCUGGGUAGACCUGGUGUCCUGGAACUCCCUCUAUAGAACAGGCUGGCCUCGAACUCAGAGCUCUGCCUCUGUCUGCCUCCUGAGUGCCGGGGUUUCAGGCAUGCACCAUCACUGCCCAACCUUUGAGUUAUAUCCCUUAAUUUCCCCAGCUUUAAAAAUUAAAAAACAAAAGCAUUUGAAACAGAGCCAAAUCAAGAGACUGUUCACUUUAAGGGAUGAAACCACAGAGCCUCCACAUUCAUUAAAGUUUUCCGUUUGAAGCAGCAAAGAGCCAGGCCAAAAUUCUUUGUUUGAAAAUUAUGAACAGCAGUUCCUUGCUUCACCCUAGGCUCGCAGACAGUUCUUGCUUAAAGCAUACCCGUAAGAUCAGUGAGGGAUGAUUUCCCAGUUCAGGUUUAGUUGGUUAUGACCUUAUUAUGAAGAGAAUGCAUAUUUUCAUAUAUUUAAAGUGCACACACCCAUAUUUUGAGAUAAAUUACCUACCCAUGCUUUUUUUUUUUUAGAAGUGUUUUAAAAAUUUACGGUAGGAAAAUUAGGAACAAAGGUUUCUGUUCAGCUUGUCACUUGUAUUUCCCUGACUCCAUAUAUAACUUUGUCUUUUUGUGCAAUCAAACUUAUGCUCCCAUUGGGCCUUCAUAAAGCAAAGUGUAUACAGGUACAUUAUAUUCAUAUAGAAAAAUCUCUGUUGAGCCAAUGGAGAAGCUACAUAAGCAGGUAAAAUAUUCUACUGUACGAAUGUUCUCUCUCUCUCUCUCUCUCUCUCUCUCUCUCUCUCUCUCUUUUGAAGUAUUGUCUGUCAAAUCUAACCGUCACACAUAACAGGCAAGUGCUCCACCAGCUAACUUCAGCCCUAGUCCCACCUAAUUUCACCUUUCUUUCUCUUGUAUGAGUUUACACAAAAUCAGAAUAUCUUAAAUAAAAAAAAUGACUAAAAGUAAAAAAAGAAAGAAAGGAAAUUGUAAACAGCAAACCCCAACGUUUAUUCUUUAAGAGCAGGGAGCGAGACGUAGAAGGUAAAGCCUCUCUGAAGAACCUGCUCCACAGGGAGGCUGUCACCAGCUGUCUUAAGUCCCUUGAGAGAGGAGCUUACAGACACCCUACCUACAGCCAGCCUCCAUCCCUCCAGAGCUGUGUAAUCAGACUCGUGGAUGGAAGACACAGGUCCUGGGAACACAACCUUGAUGUGUGUGAGUUUUCCGUCUUCUGCGAUGCGUGGGGACUUGGAGCGUCUCUUUCACUAUGGAAGGAUGACCCUGGCACUUGAGUAACUAUGAUUAGAAGACUAAUAGCUCCGAGCAAACACUUUUCUUAGCUUCUCUAAGCCUAUUUCCUAAGCAGUAAGAGCUAUUUUAGAGCAUAAACAAUCAUAAGACGUUAAAGGGACAGUAAACAUAAGCAUGGCCCAGGGACAUGGAUCAUGGUAGAUUAUAAGCGGGGCAUUCUCCCCUGCAAUUCAUACUUAGCAGGGCUAACCUCCUCUCUCUUCAUUCUAGACUGUUUGAUCCCACCCAUCUUCCAGGUCUUUGACUGGACAUGGAUGGUCUUCUUUGAUUGGUCAUUCUCUUAACCUUUCGUUUUCCUCCGGGAGGGAGGAAUUCAUUAGAUGCACAGAGAACUUGGAACUGGAUGGGGCUGGGUGAAAGCUUGUGGCUAAGGGGUCGGAGGGAGAAAGUAAAACUAUGUAGCACGUUGUAUGGAAACGGAAGCAGACACUGAGGCAGGGUGAGGUGUGAGAUACUGAUUAGGAAUCUGUCCCUGUGAAGGUUAAGGAGGGAACAGAGUUGGGUAGGGGGAGAUGAGUUGUGAUGCUGACCAAAGAAAAUUGGUCAUUGGAGUGAGUAUUUACUGUGCACUUCAGUAGUCCCGAGGUGAUCAUACCGUCUAGUUUCUCGCGUCACGACCUUUGAUCAUCGGUUAAACAGAUAGCACCAGAAGAGGUUGGUAUCCAGUAAGGAGUUAUCUGGGACUGAUAGAAUUCCUCCAAGAGUAGAUAGCUAACUUCACGUAGGGCAGGAGGAAGUCUUUGGGUGUCUCCCAUAGUGUUCUUGAGUGAAGAAAACUGUAGCUCCCGUUGCAGGCGCUCGCUCACAAAACCACUUACAAUCUGCAGACAUUAGUCUGGGCAGGCAAGGAUAAAAAUUUAAUCCUAUGGCUAAAUAAUAGGAAACUGUUAAAAUAUUUACAGUAAAAUCUGCCAAGUAGCCAGGACAAAUCUCUUCAUAAAACACAUUUACCCAAGAUCACAUCACGCUCCGAGGAAAUAAAAUACAGACUGUGAUUGUGGCAUUGUCUUUCUAAAGUCUAUAUUAAAAAAGGACAAGCAAACUAAUAAAUGACACUGUCCUUUCUCUUGGUCUUUCCUCCCACACCUUUAAAGGAAGAGAAACCAAUAUUUAUCGAGUGCCCACAAUCUCCUGAAAUGAUGGUUGAAUUGGGAGUUGGGAGACUAUUUUCAUCCUGGCACAGUCAUUGUGUGACCUUGGGCAAGUCACUGCUUGAGUCCAAACCUCACAUCCCUUAUUGCUACAGUAAGGACACUGGGUUCCAUUCCCUCCAGCUCUCCUGUGCUGUGGUCUCGGAAGACAUGGACGCCUUUCUUUGAAAGGUGGACUCCUUGGGCCUUUGUCCCCUGCUAUGAGUCAAGCAGCCUACCUUACCAAGAUGUACGCUACCCAUUGCCUAAUCUAUGAAGCAGGGGACCUGUUUCUGUGGGACAGACAUUGGCGGAGGUGUCUACAUCCUAUCGUCAACCAGAAGGGACUUGAGUGUCCGUGUUUAGCCUUAAAUUAGAACUGUGUAUAAACUGUAAAAUGGGGGAAGGCACAAUCUAGAGUCGUUUGACGCCUUUGUGUUGUGCCUUUUCCAUCGCUUGUAACUUGCCAGGCGGCUGCUCUGGCGAGUAAUGUUUUACUUUACCGCUUUAGUCUCCUGUGGGGAGGAUGAACUGAGAAAUGCUUGCAUACCUGUGACCCUCAGUCAUUCUACCAGGACUCUUCAGUUUGCAGCAGGCAUCGGGUGCUCGUGUUGAAAGGGCCCUGGGUAAUUAUGACUUUCAAAGGCAUUAAAUUAUAUUUUCUCCCUUAUUUGUCUUUAUUUUCCCUUGGCAUAUCUUUUAACAAUUGAUUGACAGCAUUACUUUCUGGGUUCGUCUUAAAGGUGAACAGCGUUGGCAAGCCCUUCCGUUUAAUCAUAUCUAACCGUUUCAUACAAAUGUAUGGUUUAUUCAUUUAUAUCCUUAAUUAUCCUGCAAGAAUGAAAGAAAAUUGUUUUUUCACUUGAUUCUUUAGGUGUCAUGAAGUCUAUUAAUUCUGCGACACUCAUUGAAUUCAGGAGAAUGCUGGCAAGCCUGUUUAAAAAUGUAAAUCUUACACCUCCUCUGGAAAAAAAAUGUUAUUUUAAAUUAAAAUGUACUUUUCUGUUUCUUUUGUGUCACAUGUCCUGAGUGGCGCACUGACCGGAGAAGAAGUCGCGAAGCAGCCAUUUGGUUGUACCAUGGGAGGCCAAACUUUGCUGAGAACUGCAUGCUCACUCAGUGGCAGGCUCUAACUGGCACUGAGCAGCUUGCUGUAAUGCCCAACCCCCUCCAUCCCCAUAGCAGUCGCCGUAUGACUAGGCUUUAGAAGAUAGACUUACAGUACCAGCGGCUGUUUAUUCUUUCAUUCUCGGAAGCGUGGCUGUGUACCUAUGCUGUGGCUGACACUGGUCUAGGAAGUGGAGUCAGAGCAGCAAACUGUCUGUCAAAAAUCCCUGCGCUUAUGAGACACAUUCCACAGGGAGAAGAAAAAAAAAGAAUCUAAGCAAAUAAGUUGCACGAAAGGUACAUCAAGAGCUAAGGUGUGUGACAGGAAACAAUGAAGAAGGAUGAAAGAACUGGGACUGUCAGCAUAAAGUUUGAGCUACUACUUACAUGGUGGAACUGCAGGCAAAGCCACUGCUUCAUCACUAGGCCAAAUGUGCUUCCGUGUCAGAAGACUAGAUGUCCGUGGAGAUGGCAUAGACUUGCUCUGAUGUUUAGAGGCCAGGAAACUGAAAAGGAAUCACAAGGAAGAGAAGUCAAGGAAAACCAUGUUCCGAGGUCACUUCCUGUUACAAAAGAAGGAUCUGAUCAGUGAUGAUAGACUCUCUUCAGCAGAGGAGAAGAGAGACCCCGAGAAAGGCAGGAUGAAUAAGAGAUACUUACAGAAAGCAACACAAGGGAAGCUUCUGAUCAUUAUUUUUAUAGUGACCUUGUGGGGGAAAGCUGUUUCCAGCGCCAACCAUCACAAAGCUCACCAUGUUAGAACUGGGACUUGCGAGGUGGUGGCGCUGCACAGAUGCUGUAAUAAGAACAAGAUAGAAGAACGGUCCCAAACGGUCAAGUGCUCCUGCUUCCCUGGGCAGGUGGCAGGCACUACCCGAGCUGCCCCAUCUUGUGUGGAUGCAUCCAUAGUGGAACAAAAAUGGUGGUGUCAUAUGCAGCCAUGUCUGGAGGGAGAGGAAUGUAAAGUCCUUCCAGAUCGCAAAGGAUGGAGCUGUUCCUCUGGAAACAAAGUAAAAACAACUAGGGUAACUCAUUAACGACUCCUAAAUCAAGUAAUCCUCAAGGCUGGUUUCACGGAGACAUCAGAAUAGAAACUGGACUCCUACAGUGACCUGGAAGAUUUUUAUAACUCUCCGAAGAGACAUUUAAAACCCAUUUCCAAGGAAUUCUAUGGCUUGUCCUCUAAUUCCUACUGAAACUAAGACUUUAAAGAAGUCUGAAGUGAACUUUGGGUGCUGAAGACUUCAUCAGCUGUGAACUGUGCUUGGCUCAUGAUGUUUCUGAGGGAAGCGGAACUCUGCUCUCAUGGAGCCGGGAUAGGGUUGGUUUUCCGGGCUGACACCAGAGACUGUCACCUGUAAGAUUUUCUGGCUUCAGCUAUGACUGCUCUUGUGUCUGAAGCUGUCUCCCAAGCACACUGUCCCGUCAUGGAUGUGCUCCUGGCUCCUUUGUUCCUUGUCUAAUAGGACUGUGCACAGCUUUGAGGAUGUUCCCUUUGCAAACUCUUCCGGCAUGGCAUAGACAGAGACAAUUUUAUUGGUAUUCUAACCUUGAAACCCUGAAAGCCUACAUGUUUUAACAUCUUGCUUUUGCCUCUGUAAAAGGAAUAGAAGUAUUUAUCCAUUGAUAACGAUAAUCAUUGGCAAAUCACAGUGAUCUGACUACAUCCCUCAUAAAAGAAUGUGUAGGCGAGCUGGCACAUUUCCCCAAGGCUAACGCGGACUGCAGCUCUCUGACAGUUAAACAGAUAGCAGUUAGGACUGGGUUCCAAUUCCCAUUACACAGUAUUCUGUGCCUCCAGUGCACCCUUCCUUCCAGUUUUUUUUAAAGUGUAUUUUCUUUUUUUUUAUAUUUCCUUUUACUUUCCUUCACAGAAAUCAUCAAUGUACAGUCAACUUAGCAGGUAGCUUUUGAUUUAAAAAAAAUAAAAUAAAACAGGCCAGGGAUGCAUGUGCUUCUCUAAUUUCUCAUCACUUACAUUUCUUCUAGCAUUUUCUUAAACUAUUCUUUCUGUCUCAUUUUAAUAUCAUCUCUUGCUCGAUUCCAAUGACUGCUUGAAUGCUUAUUAUUUGUUCAGUCUGUGGAUAGAAAAAAAAUCUGUUGAUUUUCCUUGACCACAAAGGUCUAAAUAUGUGCUUAUGGUUGUUCUAUUCAAACAUUUCUUGGCCAGUAUUUUGUCCAUAUUUUCACUUGUGAUUUUAGUUCUUCAGGAGUUUUCUUACAAAUAUUUAAAGGCCUUAAACGUUGAUUUACCUUUUUCUAAGUUAUUACAGAAUGUAUAAUUUUGUACGGCAUUUAUUUUGUUUCACUUGUGAAGCGGGGGAAGGGAACAGUGGUUAUGGCCACCCUAUAAUAAUAGUACAAUGUAAACCUAUAGUUUGAAGAAACAUAAAGGCAAGGGUUUUUUCCAUGUCUUGUUUAUUUUAACUUGAUCAAAAUGCUUCACAGAUCAUGCCAUUAGGUGGUCCGUCAUUUUAGUAAAAGAGUGAAGCUGUUUGGGACUUCUUGUAUUUCUAGAACUCAUUGGCAAAGCCAGUUAACCUUGUGUUGGUUUCUAGGAUGGAGGUUCACAUAUUCUAGAGACGAACUUGUAUCUGUUAGUCUGUAACGAUACUCAAAAAGAGUCACACAUUAACUAGAACCCUUUAGUAGGAAGAAGAGCUAAAAUUGUUAAAAAGUGUUAAAAAUUAAAUCGGAAAAACCACACUUUUAAUACUGAGCAAAAGUCAACUGCCUCAUGAAUAUGUGGAAUGCAGCGAUUCCCACCUCACUUUUAAGUGCUUAAAACCUGUUGGGUGGUCCAAGUCUACACAGAGUCAAAAUGAGAGGAGUAAUGUUUGUGCUGCACUUUCUCUGUCAAACGAAGCGAAGCACCACUACUUCCUCUGGUACAAAAUGAAAAACUAUCAUUUGGGAUAUUAAGAAUUUAUCCUAGGUUUGUUUGAAAUUAUGAAUCAUGCUUCUCAUUUUGAAAACUAUGUUAUUUAAACCAACGCUGGAAUUUCUGUAUUAUAUACAAGUGUAAUACAUGUCUAUCGAUAGAAAAAAAUAAAUGGAAUUUCAAAUAUAUGAUCUAGAAUAUUCCCGGUAGAUUAAUGUUGUGACUAUUCGGAAAAAAAUAAAUAAAAUUGGAAUAUAAAGUGGACUCACUUUCACAAGUAAAA